UUUGCUAAACGAGUUAUUAGUAAGGUGCCAAAAUGAGGUUCUACUUAGUACUCGUUUUUGUCCUAACUUUUAGUUCAGUCCUUUCGGCACAAAACCCGAUACUUUCGGACGAUUUUAUCAACUCAAUUAACGCCAAACAAUCAACCUGGACGGCCGGGCGCAACUUCCCUGAAGACACGCCAAUAGAACACCUGAAACGUCUCAAUGGCGCCCUUAUCACCCCUGACCUUGUUGGAAAAAACCAAACACACGUUAUCAACGUAAUCCCUGAGGCAAUCCCCGAAACUUUCGACGGUAGGACACAUUGGAGUCAAUGCCCCUCGCUUAAAAACAUCAGGAACCAAGGAAAUUGCGGUUCCUGUUGGGCUUUUGGGUCCGUUGAAGUGAUGACAGACCGACUGUGCAUCGCUAGUAAGGGUAAAACAAAAUUCGAGUUUUCCGCCGAUGACCUUCUGGCCUGCUGUACGGCCUGUGGAAAAGGCUGUGAUGGGGGAGCUCCGUACAGGGCGUUCGAAUAUUGGGUUGCCAAAGGGAUAGUUUCAGGGGGUGACUACAACUCAAAUGAGGGUUGCCAACCGUACGAAGGAAGUGCGUUCCUAAACUCCGUGACCCCCAAAUGCUCGACCAAAUGUUUGAACAGCAAAUACACCACUCCUUAUGCCAAGGACAAGCAUUACGGCACCGAUUUUAUCUACAUGACCAGUAAAAACGUCGCCGAAAUCCAAACCGAGAUCAUGAACAAUGGGCCAGUUGUGACCCACAUGGACGUUUACGAGGAUUUCUACUCGUACAAAUCGGGGGUUUACCAACAUGUCUCAGGAAAUAGUAUGGGGGGGCACGCUGUUAAAAUCAUAGGCUGGGGGACCGAAAAAGGGGUACCCUACUGGUUGAUUGCCAACUCAUGGGGGGCCAAAUGGGCCGACCUUGACGGUUUUUACAAAAUCCUCAGAGGCAAGAACCAUUGCAAAAUCGAAACUUACAUUUAUGGAGGCACUCCGCAAGUUUAGUCAACCACAAGGCCUGACCACGACCCAAAUGGGCCUUGGUUUUUUGUAUAAAUAACGAUAAACAAAUAAAAAAUCAUUCGUUAAAAUGAA